UGCGCGCCCCCGUAGGCUCUUUGUGUGGUGGCGUAGAGAAACGCGGGUAGUUAAGCUAUGGCGGACGAAAAGCCCAAGGAAGGAGUGAAGACAGAAAACAACGACCACAUCAACCUGAAGGUGGCAGGGCAAGAUGGCUCUGUGGUGCAGUUCAAGAUCAAGAGGCACACACCACUCAGCAAGCUCAUGAAGGCGUACUGCGAGAGGCAGGGACUUACAAUGAGGCAGAUUCGGUUCCGGUUCGACGGCCAGCCCAUAAACGAGGCAGACACACCAGCACAGCUGGAAAUGGAGGAUGAAGACACGAUUGAUGUUUUUCAACAGCAAACAGGAGGCCUCAUCUAAAGCAGCAAGCCCCACCAUCAACAUGUCUUCUUGCUUUCCAGAUACUGGACCUUCUCCCCCUUACUGCUGCAACCAGUCAGUACCAUGCAAAAGUAGACAUGUUCACCGUUAUCCAUAACUACUGUUGUAUAGUGUUCAUUCUCGCUUUUUCCUUUUUUGUACAUAAACAAGUGUAAGGAACACAUUGAGUUAUUCAGAAGAAGCAGUAAGUACUGGAAGACUCUACAACUCAAGCCUGACAUCACACAGACUUGGUGAUAUGACCAAGGCGAAUCAAACCCCAAAAACUUUUACACCUCAUUCACUGCAAGAGUGAAAUUGGUUGGUUAUCCAAACUUUGAUUUUCUGUUACGCGUUUCAGAAAAUUGAUUUUAUAUCUUUUUAAUAUGUAUAUUGUAGCAGUUAACGUAUGUGUAGAGUAUAUCGUCUCUAAUGUACUUUGGCUAGAUCACGUAUAAAACGACGAGCCCAACAGAGGGGUUUGUAGUCAAGUUAAAGAUCUGUGUUGUCUAAUAAAUUUCUUGUCAAAAUAAAA